GGUAGAAGGUACCGGAAAAUGAAGGUAUUCGCGUACCUUCUUUUCCUGUGUGGAUGGUACGUACGAGCAUCUCAGUCUAUACCGCAGGCGGUAGUGCAACGAGAUGAUCUUACCGAAGAACAGAUGGCAACGACCCUGGAGCAGUACGAUCAGGACGUUCGAUAUCACUGCAAUAUCAAUGCAAUAGCAAACUGGAAUGUGGCAACCGAUACGGAGAAUGUCUACUUACAGGAAGUACAGAACAAUGUAUCUCUCGAGUAUGCAAAAUUCCGGACCGAAUACUACGAACAGUACUUUAAGAAAGCCAAUGUGGAAAACUAUCAGAGUGCAAAGAUUCGCAAACAACUGCGAAUGUUGAAAGAUCUCGGGACAGCUGCACUACCGGCCGAAAAAUUGGCCUCACUAAACCGUGUGCUACGCAAAAUGGAUACAGCCUAUCAGCUUGCUGAGGUGUGUCCGUACACGAACCAGCAAUGUGGUCCUUCCGAUGCGAAAUGGACACUUGAUCCGGAGCUAGAAAACGUGUUGGCCGAGUCAAACGAUUACGACGAGCUCGAGUACGUGUGGCGACGGUGGCGCGAGGAAUCGGGCAAGAAGAUGCGUUCCGAUUACAAGGACUAUGUGCAGCUGGUCAAUGAGGCGGCUCAAUUGAACGGGUACGAGGAUUAUGGUGCCUUGUGGCGUUCGAAGUACGACGAUCCAAAGCUACGGGAAACGCUCGAACGGCUCUGGAGCGAGGUCGAGCCGCUGUACGAUGAGCUGCACAGCUACGUACGGUACCGAUUGUUCGAGCUGUACGGGAAUCGUAUGGAUCCGGCCAACCCCAUGAUUCCGGCCCAUCUGCUCGGCAACAUGUGGGCUCAAUCGUGGGCCAACAUGUACGAUCGGUUGAAACCGUUCCCAAACGCAAGCUUGGUCGAUGUGACGGCAAAAAUGAAGGAACUAAGCUACAAUGCAACGAAAAUGUUUGAGAUGUCAGACGAAUUCUAUCAAAGUCUAGGUUUGCCUAGCAGUGCGAUGAGCUACGGACCGAAGGCAGUGAUUGUGAAACCUCCACAGAAGAUCGUUUGUCAUGCGUCGGCGUGGGAUUUCUGUGAUGGGGAAGAUUUCCGCAUCAAAAUGUGCACGAACGUUAAUAUGGAGGACUUUGUAACGGUUCAUCACGAGAUGGGACACAUCAUGUACUACAUACUGUACAAGGAUCAACCGUAUCUGUUCCGUACCGGUGCAACGCCAGCAUUCCACGAAGCGGUCGGUGAUACGAUCGCCCUGUCAGUGGCUACACCGAACCAUCUGCGCAAGGUAGGUUUGCUGGACGAGUACGAGGACAGUCAGGCGGACAACGUUAAUGCGCUGUUUGAGAUGGCACUAGAACGGGUGGCUUUCCUGCCUUUCGGAUAUCUGAUCGACAUGUGGCGCUGGGAUGUUUUCAGCGGAGCAGUGAACGAAACCGAAUGGAACGCACACUGGUGGAAGCUGCGCGAAAAGUAUCAAAAGGUGUACGCUCCGGUUAUGCGGUCUGAGGAUGAUUUCGACCCAGGAGCAAAGUAUCACAUUCCGGCUAGCUCUCAGUACAUCGCUUACUUUUUAGCACACAUUCUCGAGUUUCAGUUCUAUCGUGCACUCUGUAUCGAGGCGGGUCAGUACGAUCCCGCCCAAAAGGCUGCCCAACCACUUCACAAGUGUGAUUUUUACAACAGCAAAGCGGCCGGUGAUAAGUUGCGUGAAGGGCUUUCCCUUGGCUACAGUGAAGAUUGGCAGGAAGCCCUUGAGAAGCUGACGGGAGAGCGGGAGAUUAGUGGCAAAGCGUUGCUGGAAUACUUUGAACCACUGUAUGAGUUUUUGAAGGCGGAAAAUCGUAAAUUUAAAGCUGCAGAUAUGAAAAACAUUGUGGACCGGUACAGUGAGCAAUACUCGGUGGCAUGCAAUAGGCAGGUGAAGGCACAGUUUGCUACCCAGAUCGAUGUAGGCAAUCCCCAGUUGCAGCAACAGUUGACGCAAGUUCUGAACGAAAACACACAAUUCGUGCUGGACAAUUACAAUCGCUACUUUGCUGACGUUAAUCCGAAAGACUUUUCCGCGGACCCCAUGUUAAGCCGGCAGCUGGAGUUCUUAACGCAAAUAGCGAUCAACAAGCUAACGUCACAAGAUCUUGCUAAGCUUCAAAAUGCUCUGGGUCGAAUGCAAAACACAUACAGUAGUGCUACGAUUUGUCCGUACAGUGAUCAGCAGUGCACAGAAGGCAAGUUAUCGCUAGAUCCCGAGCUGUACGAAAUAAUGGCCAAGUCCGAGAACUACGACGAGCUGCAGUACGUAUGGCAGGAAUGGCGACGCAGUACAGGACGCAAAAUGAAACGCGACUAUUCGGACUAUGUAGAGCUGAUGAAUCGGGCCGCCCGGCUUGGGGGUUACGAAGAUAUGGGAGCAUUGUGGCGAUCGUCAUUCGAGGAGGAUAAUUUUGUCGAACGCAUGAAGAGUCUUUGGGACGAAUUGAAGCCCUUCUACUCCGAGCUGCACCGGUACGUACACCGCAAACUGAAGGCAAUCUACGGUGAACGCAUGAACGAUCCCAAUGGGAACAUUCCGGCCCAUCUGCUCGGUAAUAUGUGGGCUCAAUCGUGGGUGAAUCUGUACGAUCGAACCAAACCCUUCGCCAAUACGGUUGAUUUGGAUAUAACGGAAGCCUUAAAGGCGAAGAACUAUACCACCCGACAGUUGUAUGAAAUAGCGAACGAUUUUUAUGUGGGGCUUGGCCUUCCCGACAACAGCAUGAGUUACGACACCGAACUUGGUGCGAUGAUAGAGAAGCCGACCGAUGGGCGCAUCGUGACGUGCCACGCGUCUGCGUGGGACUUUUGCGAUCGGAAGGAUUUCCGCAUUAAAAUGUGCACGCGCAUGAACAUGGAAGACUUUGUGACGAUUCAUCACGAGAUGGGCCACAUUAACUAUUACAUACUGUACAAGGACCAACCGGUGACAUUGCGCAGCGGUGCAAAUCCGGGUUUUCACGAGGCAGUCGGCGACACGAUAUCGUUGUCCGUGGCCACUCCGAAGCACUUUGAAAAGAUUGGUCUGUUGCAGGGGUACAACGAUACGUACGAGGAGAACAUAAAUGCAUUGUAUCAGAAGGCGCUCGAUCGUGUAGCGUUCCUUCCGUUUGGGCUGCUAAUCGAUAUGUGGCGUUGGGAGAUUUUCGAAGGAAAUCUAGAGUAUGACCGCUGGAACGAGCGUUGGUGGGAGCUGCGAGAAGAAUAUCAGAAAGUGUCGGCUCCGGUCACACGCGAUAGUGACGAUUUUGAUCCUGGCGCAAAGUAUCACAUCCCUUACGAUAGUCAGUACGUGUCGUACUUUAUAGCACACAUCCUGGACCUGCAGCUGCACAGAGCACUCUGCAAGGCAGCGGACCAGUACGAUCCGGAUGAUCCGUCCAAACCGUUGCACAAGUGCGACAUUGAUGGAUCGCGCGCUGCUGGCGAUCUGUUGCGGGCGGGCCUUUCACUUGGCCGAUCGGUACAUUGGUCGGAAGCACUGAAAGCCAUGACGGGUGAAACGGAACUGCGCACGGAUGCGCUGCUUGAAUACUACAAACCAUUGUACGAGUUUUUGAAGGAAGAAAAUGCGAAAGCAGGAACCGCUCGUAUGGCAUCCGUUUCGAUCAGCCUAGUUUUGGCGGCUUGUGUGUUGUUUGUGUUGAGAUUGUACUAGG